AAGGAAAACUGUUGUAUAAAGCGUUAAAGUUAGGCCGCAUUCUUCCGAAAUACCAGUCAUCACUCGCACAAGCGUCACGGUCGAUUGCAAAAAUGCAACGACGAAAAGUUGGCCUGCAGGCGGGAUUAGGAUCUCUGCUAGCGCUGGGCAUCCUCUUGGCAGUGGUUGGUCAAACGAUUGCCAACGAAUUUCAAGGGAUACGACGAUCGAAAUGCCAGCAGAGCCGUGAUCGUACACAGAUCUAUGAAGGUGUAGACAAUGUGCUGAUGAAACGUCUGCAAGCGAUACGUACGGAGAUGCGCACCAGAACCUCAACGCAGAGUGCCGAGCUGGACGCGUACCUGGUACCGAUGUACGACGAGCAUCAGUCACCGUAUCUGAUGGAAGCGGACCAGCGCAUACGCUUUCUGACCGGGUUUGGUGGUUCGAACGGUGAGGCAGUUGUUCUAAUGCGAUCGGCCGCCUUCUGGACGGAUGAACGCUUUCUGGAGCAGGCGGACCAGGAGCUUAACUGUGCCUGGAGACUGUUCCGUACCGGUGAGCGUCCGUCCGUUGCCGAGUAUCUGCUGUCGGAGCUAACUCCGGAAGCACGCGUUGGUGCCGAUCCGCAGCUGGUACCGCAUGCGAUGUGGAAAGCGCUCGAGACGGACCUCACUGCCGACUAUAUCCGGUUGGUCCAAAUCAAUCGUAACCUGGUCGAUAUGGUGUGGGGUGGCCGAAGGCCUGCGCCACGUUCCGGUGCUAUUAAGGUGCAUCCGGUGCGCUUUGCUGGUGAACGCUGGGACAGUAAGGUGACCCGACUGCGGGCCAAUCUUACCGCCCUUCGGUGUGACGGUAUGAUCGUAACCUCGCUGACGGAGGUGGCGUACUUGUUGAACAUGCGCGGCAGCGAUAUCCCACAUGUGCCCGUGUUCAAGGCGUACCUGUUGGUGACGCACCGGGAGCUGAUACUGUACACCAACACAAGCCGCGAAACGCUCGGGCUGAAGAACCACCUGAAGGCACACUCCUGCCACAACGAGAACUGUGUACAGCUGCGGGAUUACGGUGAUGUGUGGCGCGAUCUGCGCACCUUAGCACAGCACUGGCACCGUUUGCUGGUGCCGUCGGCUGUGGUCUUCGACACUGGUGCAUCGGAAGCCAUACACGUCACGCUGCCACGGAACAUUGUGUUCGAACGACCGUCACCUAUCAUAUUCCUGCGGGCGCAAAAGAACCAGGUGGAACGACAGGGAAUGCGGCAAGCACACAUACGAGAUGGAGUGGCCAUGUGCGAGGUGCUCAGUCGGUUGGAGGAUCGGUUUAUUGCCGGUGAUCACAUCACCGAAUUGUCGCUGGCGCGUGAAAUCGACCAAGCCCGGAAGGCGCAAAACAACUCGGAAGGCGUCGCUUUCCCGACAAGUGUCGCCUACGGUGUACACUCCAGUCGACCCAACUAUACGCCUUCCAACCGUACCAACAUUGAGCUUUCCGAGGGAAUGGUGCUGAUCGAUUCCGGUGGUCAGUAUGAGGACGGCACGACGGAGGUAUCUCGCACGCUGCAUCUCGGCGAACCUACGGCGGAUCAGAUCCGUGCCUACACGAACGUGCUGAUCGGUAUGAUCCGAUUGUCGAUGCUGACGUUCCCGGAGAAUCUCAAACCCGCCGAACUGGAUGCACUGGCCCGUGGACCUGUCUGGAGUUCGAUGAACGACUAUCCACAUGGUACUGGUCAUGGUAUUGGGUCUUACUCGGCUGUUCGUGAAUCUCCUAUCAGUAUUUCAUACACGGCGAAGCAGAGGUUCACCUUCAAGGAGGGAUAUUUCUUCUCUAAUGAGCCGGGAUACUAUAAAAAUGGCGCUUUCGGUAUACGACUGGAAAAUGUGCUGGAAGUGAUGGAUACGGGCAAGAUGCAUCCAACGGGACAUAAAUUUCUGUCCUUCCAGGAUGUCACACUGGUACCGUUCGAAUGGAAGCUUAUCGAUCGUACUUUACUGAGUGUGCCAGAGAAAAAGUGGCUAAACGACUACAACUCUCGCAUCCGUCAGCACGUUGGAAGCGAACUGAAACGGAAGCAUAAAAUGGACGCAUUUUACUGGAUGAUGAACAAAACACGCCAUGUGCCAGAAUAUGUGACCGAAGCGGAGUAUAACGAAGCAGCGAACGUUUAUCGUAAUCAUAUGUCGAUCACGGGUGCUUUAACAAUCAUAUUUCUACUCGGACGAUUCGUUUUCUACUGAUACUGUUUUGGCAUAAAGAGCCUCCCAAUUCCGUAAAACAAGGUGCCAUUCGAUGUUCCGUGUAUACCGGCUAUACUUACAAUUUCUGUUGUAUGUAGCAAGAUCAAAAUUGAAACCAUUCUAAUUCGUCGCUACAAGAUCAGCACCUGCCCGGCAUUGGAAUUGUGUGGAAUUGAUUUUUAAAGAUUGUUUUUCUUUUUCUACUGCCUCGUGUUGAUUCCGUACAAACAAUUAGCUGCCGAAUUCAUAAGCACACUGCUCACAUUCGCACUUACGCCACGCGAUGUAAUGCGACAGACGGUUACGGAAGUGUUUAAACAAAUGUAAGCAAAUUAUUUACACCUCAUCGCUGUUGAUCAUAACGAACGAUGAAUGGCUGACAGGAAGGUUUUAAGCUUCUAGCGGAAAAGAGUGAUAUUUUUUAUUUAUUCUGUUUCAUCCAUCGCGAACGAACUAAGCACUAAGAAUUGUAUGUUUAACGAAGUAAUACAACAAUAAACUAGUCUACA